UGCAGUGCUUUUGCUGGAAGAAUUGCAUUAAACAGGGCGUUUUGUCCAGGACUGGCUUACCUGUGUGUGUUUAAUGUGGAAGACUUGCUUUUUGAUAAGAUGAAAUACUUCUUUGGUUCUUUGAUAUGAUUGAAAACACUUAGAAAAUAACAACAACAAAAAAAACAAGAAUCAUUAAAGGAGUGCCAGCAAAAUCAUGGACACCAUCCUCUGAAUGUGAAAAGGGAUAGAUUCUCUCCAUCAUAACGACUGAAGGGAUGAUAAACACCUUCUCUUAUCUCUUUCUCUACACACUGGACUGUCCAUUAGUACUGUAUUGGUUUUAGCUAUAGGGGGUAUGGCUGUAUGAUUGCAUCUCAAUCUCUUUUUGCAUUUCUGCAUGUUUCAUGGAGUCAGUCGUAGACAAGUCUGAGCUUCCACCCCCUACAAUUCCCAACACGCCCUCUCAAGGAUCUCAGCAUGGAAUGCAUCUCUUGUUACACAGUGGUGACCAGAAGAACAAUGCUUUCACCUCCGAGUCCUCUUUGUCUUCAUCAUCAACUAUGUUCCCAUAUUAUAGAGGUGAAGCAUCACCAGACUCCAUGCGUAGCUUGAGUAGUCUGAGCAGUGCCAGAACAGACAGUCCUCUGGAUGUGGACAUGCCAGAGGUUGAGAUAGGUAAAACUUUGGGCAACAGUUACGAUUCAGGCAUACAGAGCCCAGACUUGAGGCCAGACUACAGUGAAUCCAAUGACAAUGACAACUCUGUAUCUGUCUAUCUGGAUGCCAAUGAAGACUGUUGGAGUGACAAUGAUAAUCAUGAUAUCACAUUGAUGGUAACACAGACGGCUGGACUAAAUGACAACAGAGAUGAUGCCUCCUUGUGCUCUUCAGAACAUGUUGAUGAUGAUGACCUUGAAGAAGAUGAGGAAGAAGACUCUUUUCUUUCUUUAGUGUCAGUAGAUUUGGUGUUGAAGAGCCAGAUUGGUGUUUCUGCACUGGCCUCUACCAGCUCUGAGUCGGACCCGCUAAACAAAACUUUACCAGACAUAUCUCAAGACCAACCAGUGGAAGACCAUUCGAAGAGUUCCAACAGAGUGUCUGAUCUGACUAUGGUCAAGGACCCCCAGAGGAAUGUGGUCCAAGAGAAUGGAGAACUCUCUGAUGAUUUGUGUCCAGACACUCAAGCUAAUGAGAUAAUCCUGAAUGAGACAGUGGUUAUCUUUGAAGAUUCAGAGGGUAAUAUAACAGGCACCAGAAACAUACUGGUCUCAUCUGUCUCUAAAGUGGACAACCAGCCAAAGACCACAGCAAAAAAGACCAAAGCUUUGGCAGGACAUACUCUCACCAAGCCACCUGCAAGGGCUGCUCUGACCAAAGGCACAAAGCCUGAGGUGAAGAUGUUUCCCAGGCCAGACCUUAAGAACGUGAAGGCCAAGAUCAUUUCCAGGGCUGUCUCUGCAACAAGAUCUGCCAGUCCCACCAAAACAAACUCUAAUCUUGGUCAGUCAGCUUCAGGCAAUGGGAAUAAGCUUCCUCUAACAGCAAACCAUGCAACCAGUAGGAGAGUGGAAGAUAAAGCUAUAGGGAAAAGAAGCAGAUCAUCUUCGAGCCAUGCAAGGGAACCAAAGAGCUCUGACUGUCGAGAUUCAGACCCUAAACUCAAAUUAACCUGUCUGCCGCCGGAUAGGAAAAAGGCACUUAUCAUUGAAUCGUCUGUGAAUCAUACGGAAGAUGCAGAGGUUGUCAACAAUGGCAAUCAGGGGAAGGGUGUGAUCACUUUAUCCUUGCCAACACAAGGAGAAGAAACAAUAAUAAAAGCAGAAUCUCCUCCCUCAACCACCAAUCUCAGAGAUGAAGAAAAGUCUCAAUUUAUGAAAGAAAGAGAGCAAGAAACCUCUAAAGGCACCAGCAAAACUGUGUCUCCCAAGCUGGGACCUUCAUUAGGGACUACAGCUACCAGUACAUCCACAUCUGGACCCCCAGAACUCAAACUGAAGCCCCCAAGCCGAGAAGUCCGACCCACAGUUAGUCUGGUUCCAUUGGGAAGCCGAGCAGUUCAGCCGGCGGGCAUUCCAAGGAUGCGCACCACAGAGAGGUCGACAGGGCCUUGCACCCCCACCACAGUCUCAAGCUCGUCCUAUAAGGGUGCUCAGAGAGUGACCUCUUCCAAGCUGCCUGUCAAAGGCAUUCCCUUAAGCCCUAGCUCCUCAUCACUGGGAAGUACAAUCAGUGAAAGCAAUGGUAUUGCAGUAAACAAAGUUCCUGCUGAGCUAAUGAAGAAUGAGGAGAAGUCUAUCAGACAAUCACCCUCAUCCCAGACACAAGUGAAGUCUCCAGUCAGUAAACCUGUAUCUGGUCACCGCAGCAGAGCAAGCUCUAUACCAUCCAAACCAGUGGCAGGGCUGAAGGCCCCAUCUGUGAACAACCAGAUGACAGCUAAGACUAAUCAGAAUGUUUUGCAGCACACUGGAUCAGCACGACUUAUUCGCUCAGCAACAACAGUGGACAAGAGCUCCAAAGGGCCCAAAGCUGCAGGGACAACAGCUGGCCGAACACAGCAGCACAGCUCGGCUGGGGGAACCGGACAGACAGAGGAAGAGGAGAGAGAUCUUCGACUUCAAAAUGAAAAGAAGAGUCAGUGCAUCCUGCAGCUCCGUAAACUCAUCGCGAAUGGCAAUCGUCGCUUGGAAGCUCUCGCCUUGGUUGUGCAGCAUGUCUUCAGUGAGCUUGAUGUGGCACUCAAACAGAGGCAGGAACUUUCUGUCCAGGUCAACAACCUGCAACAGCAACUGGGUAACUCAGUCUUGUGUUGUGAGCAGUUGGAGAGGGAAAAAGAGGAGGUGCGGGUGUCUUUGGAGGCACAGUUACAGAAACUACAGGAGCAACAUCAGACAGAACUAGAGCGACUGGAAGAAAGACUGAAAGAAUUUUACUCCGCAGAAUGGGACAAGACCCACCAGGCCUACCAGAAAGAAGCAGACAAAUGCAGGGCGCUUAUGCAGCAGCAGGUGGAGGAGGUGAGGAACCAACAGGAAGCCCUGAGGAACCAACAGGAAGUGGCACACACUGAGCAGAUAAAGAUACUGAAACGUGAACAUGAGACAUCACUCGCAGAGCUCAGGAAGACUAAUGAACGGGACAUUCAAGAACUUGACAAAACACUUAAAGAGUCUGAGACAUCGCUUAAUGAAAAAAUUCAAAGUUUGACUGCAGAAAAUGAGUCUUUGAAAGAAAAGCUAAGAAAAGCAGAGGAGCGGAGGAGAGAUCUAGCAGAGAAAAGUCUGAAGGACGCACACACACUGUAUUUGGAACAGGAGCUGGAGAGUCUCAGAGCUGUGCUGGAAAUAAAGACCAACCAGAUACACCAGCAAGACAAAAAACUUAUGCAGAUGAACAAACUGAUUGAAGAUAAUUUGAAACUGGAGGAGUGUCUUAAGAAGGUCCAGCAGGAGAACGAGGACUACAAGGCUCGGAUGGACAAGCAUGCUGCUCUUUCAAGGCAGCUCUCCACAGAGCAGGCCAUGCUUCAACAGACCCUGCAGAAGGAAUCGAAGGUCAACAAACGACUGUCCAUGGAGAAUGAGGAGUUGCUAUGGAAACUACACAAUGGAGACUUGUGCAGCCCGCGACACCUCUCACCUUCUUCACCUUUCCACUCUCCCCAAAACUCUGCCUCCUCCAUGACUCCGAUAUCACCCUGAUUACCUCUGACCUCAGAAACCGCCAUCACCCAGAGGCAUCUAUGAACCUUUUGGCCAUUUUAUACCUAUAAUAGGACUUGUAUAGUUUGUAAAGACUUCUAAAAUGUAUAAAUGUCCCCUUUACAAUGAUGCACAGUUGCACUUCUUGAUCAAGGACUUACCUUGCUCAGUUACAGCUUUGUUUGUUCUCUUCUCUGUUAUUCCUUUCUGCCUGUCUCUGCCUAUUUUUUUCCCCUCUCUCUCUUUCACACACGUAUACAAAAAUGUCUCUGAGGAGGGAACACACCUCAGGGCUUGUACAUAGAGUAUCUCUUCCUCAGACUGCUAUUUUCUCUAAUAUUUGUUGUCCCUUUUCAUUGUUUUAAAUUAAAAAAUGGUUUGUGUAUAGCAAGUAAAAUAUGUAAAGCUGUCUUUUUGUAUGUCUGCUCACUAGAACACUAUAUGAGAUUAACAAAGAAUAUAAUUUUUUUUCAAUGUUUGUUUUAAGACUUUUUGAUGACAAGUUUUGAUCAUAAAUAAAGAGAAAAACAUUUUUAAGAACCUUUUUUAUGGCUUUAAACUCAACCUCACAUGUGCAUAAGGAUCCAGAUACAUUAUUUGUUAAUGAUAUUGUGGAAUGUAUUUACUUCUCUUCCAAAAAUGUGUCUAGUGGCCUCCACAUCCACAACGCUUUGAGUGAAUGUUUCCCUAUCUCAACCACAGUGACCUUUCUUUUUUUCCCUAAUUAAUGCAUUAAACUUCUG